CGCAAGCGGGCAGAAUUAGCAUGCAUUUUUCCCCAACAUUAUUAUCUUUCCCAUAGCGAUCACCUCCAGGCACAAUGUUCAGUGAGUUGGCACAAUCUAGUGACGUAGACACAAAGCCAAGUUUACCCGACUCUGAACGCAAUCAUCAGAAAAAACCUUCAAAUGAUCUACAAGCUCAGGAAAAAGAUUUGAAAUAUUUAGAGGAAAAGUCAGAACAGAAAGAGCCCAGAGAAGAAGAAGCAUCACAGCCUUUCACCAUGAAUAUUGAAUUAAAUUUUGUCUGGCUAGUUUUGGUAGGUUUGUCAUUUGGUACAAGAAUGUGGCAGCUCACUACGCCCAAACAUGUCAUAUUUGACGAGGUACAUUUUGGCCAGUUUACAAAUUUUUUCAUGAAGAACCAGUUCUUCUUUGAUAUGCAUCCACCUUUGGGCAAACUCAUGUUUGCUUUCACAGCUUACUUAUCAGGAUAUGAUGGGGAAUUCUCAUUUGCAGACAUAGGCCAAGAUCUUGGUGAAUUUGAAUAUGUUGUUUGGUGGUUACGCUUUGUAUCUGCAUUUCUGGGAAGUCUUGUGGCACCAGUUGUCUAUGAGGUCAUCACAGAGCUUGGUUUUUCACACUGGGCAGCUGCUUUAGGUGGAUUUUUGGCAACAUUUGACAACAUGUGUGUGGUACAUAGCAGACUUAUCAUGUUAGAUUCCCCUCUCCUGUUUUUCAGUGCUGCAUCUCUCCUCUGCUAUCUAAAGUUCCAUAAAGAAUUUAGUAGACCAUUUACAAAGAAUUGGUGGAUAUGGCUGUUUUUGACAGGCUUGUCUUCGCUUGGUGCUUACAGUAUUAAGUACACUGGUGUCUUCACUUUUAUUACUGUUGGAUUUUUGACUGGACGAGACUUGUGGAAACUGAUUGGAAACCACUCUCUACCAACAAGAGAACUUCAGAAGCAUUUGUUAAGCCGUGCACUUUGUCUUGUUGUCUUUCCUGGUUUACUCUACAUGCUUCAGUUUUACAUUCUCUUCACUGUUGCAAGAAAGACUGGUCCUCAUGAUGACAUGAUGUCAAGUGCAUUCCAAGCCAGUCUUGAGGGAGGACUGGCCAAGAUUACACAUGGUCAACCAGAUGAGGUAGCAUAUGGCUCCCAGGUCACUUUGCGCAACACCUUUGGCAAACAGUGCUGGCUCCAUUCUCACACGCACACCUACCCCGUGAAGUACCCUGAUGGGCGCGGCAGCUCAGCCCAACAGCAGGUUACGUGCUACGGCUUCAAGGAUGUAAAUAAUUGGUGGAUUGUCAAGGACCCUCAAAGAGAUGCCCUAUCUGUGGAUUUUCCACCAAAACCUGUUCGCAAUGGCGAUAUUAUUCAAAUUGUCCAUGGAGUUACAGGCAGAGCUUUAAAUAGUCAUGAUGUUGCUGCCCCUUUGAACCCAGCCAACCAAGAGGUGUCCUGUUAUAUUGACUACAACAUUUCCAUGCCGGCUCAAAACCUCUGGAAAGUGGAAAUAAUUAACCCAGACAGCAGUAACGUUUGGAAGACGAUCCACUCUCAGGUUCGACUGAUUCAUGUCAAUACUUCUCAGGCAGUAAAGAUUUCAGGUAUGCAGUUACCAGAUUGGGGUUUCCACCAACUUGAGGUUUGCACUGAUAAAUCCAUUAAACAGACAAACACGAUCUGGAAUGUUGAGGAACAUCAACAAAAUAUCACUUAUCCCGAAGGUCAAGGUCCAACAGAAGUCGAGGCGAAAACGGAUGUGUCGGAACGGGCAUUUAAGCCUAUGCCAUUCCUUUCAAAAUUUUGGGAGAUCCAGCUUAAGAUGCUUGAAUCCACAAAGGAGCUCUCUGCUGAGCACACGUUCGGAUCUCGUCCUUCGUGGUGGCCUCUGAUGAGGAGAGGAGUCGCGUUUUGGAUUGCUAGAGACACUAAUGCGCAAGUAUUCUGUAUUGGCAAUCCUUUUGUAUGGUGGGCGACCACACUUUCCCUUCCUGUGUAUUUCGGACUUUUAAUUUUUUAUCUAUUGAGAAGAAGAAGAAACGUGCACGACUUGUCAGAGGAUGCGUGGGAGAGAUACGUGUUUUGUGGUGAAGCGGUGGUUGUAGGAUAUCUUCUUCACUUCAUCACGUUCUUCCCCAUGGAGAGAACAUUGUUUAUUCAUCACUACCUUCCCGCCCUGUUCUAUACAAUUAUUCUUCUCCCAGUGAUGUUACAACACGUUCAUGAUGAGAUCUUUAGGUACAAAACACUUCGAUGGAUUUUGUAUGGAUGUUGUGCACUCUUGGUUGUCGUUGUUCUAUGGGGAUUUCAUUUCUUCAGUCCGUUCACGUACGGUCACGUGGCUCUCUCUUCCGCCGAUAUCAACCGACGAAAAUGGCUUAGCACAUGGGACAUGCUAUCUCAUCCGAACACGUGACAUGAAUUGCAUGUCAACUGACUGUUACUCCUCCUACACUCCUACCCAGACUUCUUAAUGCGCAUGCAAGUGUUAUAAUAAAUAGAAUUUAGAGAUACUGGGAACGACAGUCGCGUGCAAGGGAAUCUGGGAUCGUUUGGGUAAACGCAUACAACUACCUGUUGUUUUACAGUAUUAAACGUCGUGUCUUGGGAUUUGACUAGAAGACGAUUACUAAAGCCAGAAGACCAAAUUUAUUCAGAAUUCUAUAAUUGUUUUAACGAAUGAUUGCGUAGCAUCUACCCAAAUAGAUUUCAAACGCCAGUGUCAAGCACGGACAUAUCUUGGUAACUUUUUCAAAAACAUGUCUCAAAUUAAUAUUUGUAAAGUAACUUGUGCAGUUCCGUUUUCGACGAACCUUGAUUGGUUAACUUUUAUUAUUUAUUAACCUAUAGGUGAUGUUGACACUCUAAGAAAAAUUUCUUUAGCAUCUUCUCUAAGAGCCAUUUCUUAGUUCGUCUUCUUCGCAUCCGCAAUUGUAAUCAGUCACGCAAUAGUUCUGUUUGGAGGGAAACUUUUUUUUUGCAAGCACGUCUGAAUUUUAGUGCGAGUUUUGUUCAUAACUCACCCAUUGUAAAAUAUUAGUUUGCCUCUUUUUCUUGUCCCUCUUGAGCGCAUACUCAGGGUCUCUCCUUUUUACCUUGAGAACGAAGUAUUGUCUCCCACACAUGGGAGUGUUGUGUGUGAAAGGAAGCAUUUUUGCCAACUAGCCUCAUCCAAAGUACGCCAUUUUAAAAUGUACUGCGGUACGUGUAGGAAAGAGAAUUCUGUCCGUUCAAUCAAGGAGGCCUCGCCAGUAAAUGAUUUCCCAAAGUAUAAACGUAAAACACCAACACCGAACGGACAGUUUGCAUUUAAUAACUUAUUAGUAUAGUGUACCGCAGAGAAUUGACCUGAAUUGACGCGCGUAAAUCUCAUAGAAGCUAGUUUAUUUAAAUACCGUGAAAUGAUUCUUAACAGUCCACAUUUUAAGUCGUCCUCGUUCUUUUUUUUGUUUUUAUUGUCGAUGACAAACUAGGUGACAUAGUUCCUCUAGGCGUAUUUAAGUACCUAAAACUCCAUUGUGGUAGUCCCUCUAGCAGCCGUUGUUUGGUCUUGUCACGUAUCGUCCUCCGUUAUCUUUGCGUUGCGUGACAAGAUCUAAUAACGGGCGUAGUCAACAAAUGCACACGAUGGUCCUUAGAGUAGAAGCUUAUUUAAGAAUUAUUUUUCACACAUGAUCGUAAACAUUUUAACUUAAACUUAAGUAUUUAGGAGAGGAGGUUUGGUGGUUCAGGUUGUCAGCUGACCUCUUCCUCGAAACUCUGAUUUAUUUUGCAAUUUACAUGAUAAGAAUUUAAUAGAAAAUACGAUCUUUUAAAGAUUUAGAACUACUUUACAAAAAA